AUGUUGUCAAGAACAGUGAGAGCUACGCUCAAACGGCAAUUGUCGAAAAGAUGUUUAGCUAAAGCAACUGUUCCCUGUGCAGUUAGACAAUUUGCGACAAAAACUCUGGCAAAUGCAAAGGAAAUCUACACUAAAUUGUCCGAUUCCAACGAUCCAGCAAGAAACAAAUUCUUCCAAUACUCGUGGGGUUCGUGGCUUAAAGACGACCAGUUCAAGAAGAAACAACGAGAAACUUUUUUUUCCAUUGAAGGUUUAACUUCGUUUCUCAAUGGCGUAAACUCGUUGCGUGAAACUGAAGCUGGAUUGCUUGCGCAACCGAAGCAUCACAAGAACUUGUUUGUGUUGCAGAACAACCUCACUGAUGCGCUCCUUGGGUCCAAAGAAGACAAUUUGAUGGUCACUUCCAUAGCUUCGAUCCAUGAGGGGAAACACCAUAGAAUCUACAAGGUCACAUUGAGCAGCGGUAAGGACUUGGUGUUGAGAAUCCCCUAUAAGCUCGACUCGGAUGCUGCUAUAAGCGCAAAGAUUAAAAGCGAAGUUGCCACGAUGGAUUUCCUCGACUUGAAAUUGAAGCUUCAAGUGCCCAAGAUCUUGGCGUAUGGCCCCGAUCGAACCAAUGAAGUCGGGACACCAUUCAUUCUUCAAGAGUUUAUCCCGGGAGACUUGUUGAUGAAAAAAUGGCACCCUCUUGUGCCGGAUUCUGAGUCCACAGACAAAGAGUUGCGGCUGGUGAUUGACCCUAUAGCCAAGUUCCAGGAUGAUCUUUUGAAAUUGACAUUCACCAAGUUUGGAUCCUUGUAUUUCUACAACGAUGUCAAGCCAGAAUUGCAAAAAGAUGAGCCCUACGAGGCAGGAGAAGAAGAGGAGACCGACUUUGCACUUCGAAAUAGGUGGAGAAUUGGAGCUAGUGUUGAAAAGCAAUUCACAAAGGACAAGAGAAAGUUGCCGCAACUGGUAGUUGAUGAAUACAAUGGGCCCUGGGAUGCAUCUAAUCCCUCGGCGUUGAUGACAUCAGUUGCAGAAAUCGAAUUGGAGAAUGCAAAAAACAAGCUCGCCAUUGCUGAUGCUGAUGCUGGGGAAGUCACCGAUAAGGAACUCUUGAAGAACCAGAUCAAGACAUUUGAGCAUUUGAAGCAGAUUGGCCCAAGUUUGCUCAACUCCAAAUCCAAGUCGAUCCAAAAUGUGGAGGAGUUGUUUAAACCUAGACUAUAUGUCCCCGACUUGGACCCUUUGAACGUGAUUGAAAAACCAGAUGGCAAGACAUACUUUGUAGACUUUGAAGGAUCAACUAUAAAGCCAUUUAUCUUGACGAGCUAUCCAAAUUUUGUCGCGUAUCAAGGAGCCAAAGUUUACAACUUGCAACAAGAUAUACCAGGAUACCAAGAGAUGGAUCCAGUUGAAAAACAGCAAUAUGAAUUCAUGUACUACAAGACUAGAAAUGAAAGAAUCUGGGAAAUUGAAUUGAAUAAAUACAGACAUGAUUUGAUUGCCGUUGCUUCUCCGCACAUCAAAGUUCUCAAGUCGCCAUACUUGCAAGCACUCGACCUCAAGGAUCCAAAAGAUUAUCUUUACGUUGAGGGUUCCAUCAUUCAAUUGCAGACAAUGUGGGAUGCCUACAUUGCCAAUGAGUUGGUCAAACCACAAGAGCAGGGCAACAAUGACUUCCCAGUGAAAUACGAUGAAAAGUUUUUGCAUCAAUAUCAACAGGAUUUGAACGACCAUCAAUUGAGUACAGCUUCGAGUCCCUUUGGCGCCACAAGCGGUUGGAUUCCUCAAGACAUGUUUGAUACUUUGAAAGAACAAGGUAUAAUUGUUGAUUUGGGAGACGGCAAUUACAAGAUUGAAACUGAUAAAGUUUUGGAGAACCCACCAAAAGAACUGGAUUGA